AUGGAAAGUUUGAAUAGCCAGCCUUCUGGAAGGAAUAGCAUCUUCAAAGAUCCGACGGCUGGGCAGGACAAUCCAACCGAGGCAGAGCAGCUCUAUCACUACACCGUUGACGCGGUCCAGAAACGGGGGAACGCCUUCUUUCUCGAGCAUGAAUUCCUGCACCGCCUUAAUCUGGUGGCAAUUGAGAACAAUCUUGCGAAAUGCGAAGCAAAAAUACACGAAGACAAAAGGUCAUCGCCAGAGAACCUUGACCAACUCAGCCAGUUGCUAAAUCGCUACACGACCGCAAUUCGAGACUACGAGUACAUGAGGCAAAUGAGGUUAUGCAACGAAACAGAAAGGUACAAAUGCCUCUUGAUGCGAGAUCAGUAUUUCCCUGAGCUUGCAGGCCUCGGCGGCAAACACCAGGUGUCUCCGCAUUUCCGCGAGAUCCGGAGAGAGUCGCGGACCGCGGCGCUGGAUCCUAUCCGCGACUUUCUCAGACGCAGGUUGCCUCAUUUCCUCUCAUAUAGCGAAGCAGAAAAGAAACGGCGCCGAGAUGAGUACAUCGCACGCAAGCCGCCAGAGGGCGUGUCACCGCUUGUUGAUCGCAUCGCUCGCUUCUUCGUGGCCUUUGUUAGCGGUGCCGCGCUGGUCGUCCCAAUGGUUAUCAUGUCGUUCCAGCCGUCACAAACCAAGAGCGUCAUCACCGUAUCUGUCGCUGUACUGCUGUUCUCGGUGUGCAUGUCGCUUGUCAUGCGGGCGUCUAACACGGAGACGCUGGUCUCGACGGCGACCUACGCGGCCGUGCUGGUGGUGUUUGUGGGAGCAAGCGGUAGCCCGCCGGCAUAA